GCGGGAGACCAUGAUGGAUGUAGCUCCGCCUUUGUCCUCCAUGGCCGGGCUUGACGGGGAGACCGCAAGCAUGCUGGCUUGUGAGAGUGGCGAGGAAGAGAGGGGCAAGGCGAGGAGGCGGAGGAAGAGGGGCAUAGCUUGUAGGUUUCGUGUCUCUCGCGGGCUACUAGAUCACAGUCCCUCGCUUUUAUCGAUUGCGUCGUCGCCUUGCUUGCGCUCCAGCAUCUUGGGCGAUCCAAAUCCAGGGUUUCCGGGCGCAUUGAGCAUUGAUCCAAUUGAGUCCACCGAUCGAUCGAUCGCCUCGCCGGGUUUGUCUACCUAAACACUCGUGUCCUGGUAGGUGCUGGGACGAUUUCUCUCUUUGCUUCUUUCUUCCCCUCCCUCUCAAUGUUCUCAAUUUUCUUCCUCGCCAGCUCAUGGUUUUUCGAUCGUGGUGUUUCUUCCAGACCGGAUCUUUGAUUCUCCGUUUGGUUUGUCAUCUUCCUUUUGUUCUUGCUGGAGUUCGUGGUACCUCACAAGUAUGACUAGGAUUUUUUGCUUCUCCCUCUCAUGGUUUUUCGAUCGUGGAGUUUCUUCCGGACCGGAUCUUUGAUUCUCUGUUUGGUUUGUCCCCUUCCGUUUGUUCUUGCUGGAGUUCGUUUCCGGAUGGAAUUCGCUGUUGUCACAAGGAAUCCAUCCCGAGCAUGACCAGGAUUUUAUGCUUUCCAAUUCUCGACAAGUAUGUGGUGGAGAAUUCGUUUUCUCGAUCUCCUGUUCUUUCUCCUGCUGCUGCUGGCAACUUCGACCCGGGACGAAGGAGCUUUAGUCGGUGCUAUCCCAACUUGUAAUAAGAAAAGCGAGCACGCCAAGAGCGAAGGAUUCAAAGCUUUAAUUUGGCACCAUAUCCAGCAGCGUGUUGGUGGAAUCAAGGCCUUAUUAAAUUCGCAUCCCCGGGUCAUGAUCACUGUAAGUUCUCCAAGUUCUUCCAUCGAGGGACCAGCAACAUCACCACCACUAAAGCAAACACCAUCAUCGUCACCACCACCACUACUAGAUUCUUCUCCACCAUCGCCAUCGAUUCUUCCUCCAGCACCCAACCUUGUACCACCACCUCCAAGUCCACAGCAAACUCUACCACCACCUCCAAGCCAAAGUCUAUUAUCACCUCCUCCACAAUCCUUGGUUACUCCACCUGUGAUUUCCUCGAUUCCUGUGAAUCUUCCACCAUUGCCAGGCGUUUCAGUUCCAGCGGUUCUCCAGACACCACCUCUGUUUUCCAAUUCUAAUUCAGUUCCAUCGCUUCCGAUCUCGAUACCGCCGGCGCUGGGUUCUUCGUCUCCUCUAUUGCCGCUACCACCUUUGAUCGCUCCUCCAACUUUUAUGGUGUCACCACCACUUCCUGCUAAUGCAUCACCGCCGCCUCCAUCGUCCGCUCCUCCUCCUCCUAUUGCAUCACCGCCGCUUCCAUCGGCUCCUCCUCCUACUUUUCUCGUAUUACCACCGAUCUUAUCAGCUCCACCCCCAGCAUCUACAGUUCCAUCUCCGAUCUUGUCAGCUCCACCUCCAACAAUUUUGCCUUCUCCUCCGCCCCCAUUGCCAUCAGCUCCUCCUCUUCUUCCUCCUCCACUAUCAACGCCACCUCCAUCGUUUGUUCCACCACCUCCGAGUGCUUCAAUUCGUCCAUCAUUGCCGCCACUAUCUUCUGCUGCUCCAGAAGUCCCUCACAACAUUUCGUCACCUCCAGCAUCGCCACUUUCAUCACCACUUCCAUCACCACCAUCUCCGAGUACUGUCCCUUCUGCUGCACCACCUUUUCUAACGUCACAACCGCCAGUUUCUUCACCUUCUCUCGAAGACAAUGCUCCACCCUCUGUAACGCUCGGUCCUCCGCCUACGACUAUAUCCUCGCCGCCACCAUCGCUGUCUCCUCCACCUUUGGUUGCUUCACCAUCUCAAGCACCAUCCUCUCGUCGCUCACCUCCACCUCCACCUUUCAGAAGCUCGCCACCUACAUCGCCACCAUCUCCGCGUUCGCUCCAGCCGCCUUCCUUGCCUCCAGAGGUGGUGUCUCCGCCACCCAAACUCUCGCCAAGUCCGAUUCAAAACUCUUCCGCUACACUACCUUUAUCACCUCGUAGUGCUCCACCGAGAAGCCCCACAAGAAAAGCAACGGCCCCGGCUUCUCUUCCAUCACUCGCUGUUUCUCCAGUGGCCAGCAACACUCCGGCUCCAGUUCCAUCUCGUCCCACUAUUAAAGCUCCAUCGCCUGUUACUAAAGCUCCAUCGCCUGUUACCAAAGCUCCAUCUCCUGUCACUAAAGCUCCAUCUCCUGUCACUAAAGCUCCAUCGCCUGUUCAAAACCGUCCACAGCCUCCUGCACCUCGCAAGGUUCCUGUAGUUUCUCCAGCAUCAGCUCCACAAACACCUAUGCCACGACCAGGACCUCCUGCUCGUCUGCCAGGUAUUGUAGCUCCUCCAACGAAAACUCAGUUAGCUCAGCCUCCAGCAAUGGUCUUUCCGUCACCUCCCAACGCAGGCUGCGACAAAGUUUGCUCGGACCCGUCCGUGACAACUCUGCCUGGAACAAAAUGCGGGUGCGUCAUUCCUAUGAGAGUGGGACUUGCGCUCGAAAUUCCCAUCUCAAGUUUCCUGUCGCUUGUCUCGGAGCUAGCUAUGGAGAUUGCGUUUGGAAUUUCCAUGCAGCAGAUGCAGGUCCAAAUAGCGGCUGCCAACUCUUUCGGCGAGGAUUUUUCCCUUACGGAGACCAAAGUUAAUCUCGUACCUCUCGGGAACGCGUUCAGAAACCAGACAGCCUAUCACAUCUCUCAGAUGUUUUGGGGGCAUCGCGUGCCUAUCAGCGAAGUAUACUUUGUCAAUUACACAGUGUUGUACGUGAUAUAUCCAGGAUUACCACUUGCUUCGCAAAAUGUUAACAGAAUUCCACCGAGUGAUGGAAAGUUCCCAGAUCAACCACUUGGAGUUGAUAUCUUCGCAAGAAGAAAUCGCAACCUUCAUCCGGCAUUCAUUGCGAUUAUCACGUUGAGCUGCGUGUUCCUACUAAUACUUUGCUUGGGUGUUGGUUGGCUCAUCACCGUCCGGCAUCGCGGGCGGUACAAAGGUCAGUCGGAGCUCACAGAAGCCGCACUAGAGUCUUGUGCAACCAAACGAUCAACAACAGCGACUCUUUUAUCGAACAGUUCUCGCGAUUCUACGUCGGUGUCCUCGAGCAUUGUACCAUAUGUGUCCGGCUCCGUGCGGACUUUCACCUUAGCCGAGAUGACUGCCGCGACUAAUAACUUCAACCCGUCUAAUGUGAUCGGCCAAGGUGGUUUUGGAAGAGUUUACAGUGGAGUUCUAACAGAUGGGACUAAGAUCGCUGUCAAAGUUCUAAUUCGGGAAGACAAACAAGGAGAUCGAGAGUUUUCGGCAGAGGUGGAGAUGCUCAGCCGUCUCCACCACCGGAACCUCGUCAAGCUUGUGGGAAUUUGCACGGACGAUGACAUGCGUUCCUUGGUCUAUGAGCUCAUUCCAAAUGGAAGCGUCGACUCUCACUUGCAUGGUGAUGAUAAGAAGAUCGCUCCUCUAAGUUGGGAAGCUCGUCUCAAGAUCGCUCUUGGAGCAGCUCGAGGCCUUGCCUAUCUCCACGAGGACUCGUAUCCCCGAGUCAUUCACCGAGACUUCAAAUCUAGUAACAUCCUUUUGGAGGACGACUUCACGCCUAAAGUCUCCGACUUUGGCCUCGCCAAAGCAGCCUCGGAAGAACUAACUGGACAUAUUUCAACGAGAGUCAUGGGAACUUUCGGUUAUGUGGCACCCGAGUACGCCAUGACCGGUCACCUUCUUGUUAAGAGCGACGUUUACAGCUACGGCGUGGUACUCCUCGAGUUGCUCUCGGGUAGAAAACCAGUUGAUAUGUCACGGGCACAGGGACAGGAAAACUUAGUGACUUGGGCUCGUCCGCUCCUCACAAGUCUAGAGGGAUUGGAUUUUCUGGCUGAUCCCGACUUGAGAAGCAGCGUGGCACCGGAGAACCUGGCGAGAGUGGCAGCCAUCGCAUCCAUGUGUGUGCGACCGGAGGUGUCGCAGAGGCCUUUCAUGGGAGAAGUUGUCCAGGCUUUGAAGCUGGUUUGUAGCGACAUGGACGUGGAAGAAGGCGAGACGAGUGGGGCUUCAAACGGUGUCUCCUCGCCAGAGGCCAAGGCCAAAGUUACUGCCGCUUCUACUUCUCGCCAGCGUGAGUGGGAUUUCCUAUCAUACAGAAGCUCCUCGGACUUUGACGACCAACAACAAAAGAGCUUACGAAACCAUCAGCAGCAACAAGGACAGGGUGGGAAUUUCUCGGCUUCCUCGGCCUUGUUGAGGCAGGUCUCAGCGUCGUUUGGCCGGCACAGUGCUCCGGAGCCUCUCAAGUUUUUUAACAAGUCUGAGAGAUUCCUUACACUGCCUCCUGGGUCCGCGAGCGAGCACGGUGUACAUCACUACAGAGAAUCGACAGUCUGGCCGUGAGAACUCCACCUUUUUUUCCGGCUUAAGUUCUUUCUUCUCAAAUCUUCGGUUCUAACAGUUCGAGCAAAAACAGCACAGCACCAAACAGGUUCUUUCUCGCUCCUUUAUAAAUGUAUCUUUCACAGAACUUUGGUUUCCCGAGAAGCCGAGUUACUGCCACUGCCGCGUUCUAACAGAUCGGAUUCAAAGUAAAGAUGCAGAAGGCGACAAGUUUUACUUUGGAAGAUCUGGCCGAGCGGAGACAAGCGGGUGCCUCCAUAUAAGUUUACUGCUCGUCACGUGAAAGAAGAAGCAGCACAGUUGCUUUCGGGAAAAAGUUUGGCGCAGCAGCGCACACUGUUCUUCUGAAAAGAUAUCUUCGCAGAUUUGGAAGCACUGGGAGGGACGCGAGCCACGGAGUCCUGUUUCUCGGUCCGUGGAGCAGCAGGCACUCUUGUACCUGGUGAAAAGAAAGAGUUGAGAUGUAUUCUAGGAGAAAAAGAAAAAAAGCCUUGUUUCUCGUGAAAUCUGGAAGCUUGAGAAGCGAAAUGCUGGCCAGCCAAGACCCAAAGAAUAAGAAAAGCUUGAAGAUA